GUAGGACCGACGAUAGUGAUAUGGCGAUGCAUCCUCGGGUUGCUUUACUCCUCACCCUCGUCCUCCUCCUGGCUACCGGAGACGGCAUCCUCACCGUCGGCACUCCGUCCGCGAUCAUCACAAGGACAUGCGCCGCCGUCGGCCGACCCGGCGGGCAACUGGGUUACGAGUACGAGUCCUGCGUGGGCGCGCUCUCCUCCGACCCGGCGCGUGAGCUCGCCGUCGUGGCCACCAGCCUCACCGUGGCCAACGUCACGUCGACGCUGCUCGUCGUCAAGGACCUCGUCAAGAACCUCGGCGGCUGCCUCCGCUACUACAGGGAGAUGAACAGGACCCUGGACGCCGCGCUCGGUGACCUCCGUGCCGGGCGCGUCGAAGCGGCGUCGGACAAACUGCUGGAGGCCAACCAAGAUCCCGACAAGUGCGACCUGCUCUUGUUUGAGGGGAGCGCGAACAAGAAUCCAUUGGGCAAGGAGAACAUCUACGCCGACUGGCUGUCCCAAUUGGCAUAUGCGAUUGCUAGCUUGCCGGCGCCGAAGCCUCUGCUGUAAUCGUAGCUACGUUGCUAGCUGGUGUUUGAUUCCCAUUUGCCCGAUCGAUCGCAUAAAAUGGAAUUGCCAUUUGUUGUCCAACGUGUGCGAUGUGUUUCAUAA